GAGCAACUCAGAGAAGAGUCUGCAACCUGCUCUCAUCUACCCUGACCCCUCCUGAGUACUUGCUACCAGCUGUUCUCCUGUGUCUUCUGGUAGCCCAGACUGAGAUGGGCAAGCUCCUGUUCCUUCUCCUGCUCCUGGGGUCAUUUGCUCUUGUGUUCAUCCAAGUCCAAGCUACAGUGUGCAUGGUUUGCAACUCUUUUAAAAGUGGACAUUGUUUGGCUGGCAAGAGCAACUGCACUACAAGAUACAAGCCUGGAUGCAGAACCAGGAAUUUCUUCCUAUUCUCCAAUACAGGCAAGUGGGUCCACAAUCAUACCGAAUUGGACUGCCAUAAGGCAUGUCUGGCUGAAAAUAUGUAUUUGGGAGCAUUGAAGAUAUCUACCUUUUGCUGCAAAGGUGAAGAUUUCUGUAAUAAAUAUCAUGGCCAAGUAGUGAAGAAGAAAAUUUACUAA